UUCCACUCACGGAAAAACAAAGUAGGCUGUCCGCGAGAGUGAAGCGGUGAGAAUGGAGCGCUGGAAUCCACAGGAAUAAUUCGCGUCUCGAACUGCUUUAAAACUUUAAAAACUCUGUAAACAAACAUGGAUACGUGUAGACUUGGCUUCAUACUACUCUACUUUUCAAUUCUAAGUGUUGGUGCUCAAUUCACGGCAGGUGGCUGUACAUUUGACGAUGGCCCAGCCCAGUGUGACUACCAGCAGGAUCCCUAUGACGACUUUGACUGGACCCAUGUCAGCGCACAGGAAGUGCCAUACUUGUCAUCUGAACUGCCUCAAGGUUCCUACAUGAUGGUGGACUCCUCCCAGCACGAUGCCGGAGAGAAGGCACGCAUUCAGCUGCCAGUAAUGAAGGAAAACGACACCCACUGUAUUGACUUCAACUACUUAUUGUAUACUCAAGAUGGCUCCAGCCCGGGGAUCCUGAACAUCCUGGUAAAGGUUAACAAAGGUCCCCUGGCUAAUCCCAUCUGGAAUGUGACCAGCUACACCGGGAAGGACUGGCUCCGGGCUGAGCUGGCCAUCAGUACCUUCUGGCCUAACGAGUAUCAGGUCAUAUUUGAGGCGGAGGUCUCGGACGGGAAGACCGGCUUCAUUGCGAUUGAUGACAUCCAGGUUCUGAGCUAUCCAUGUGAUAAAUCGCCUCACUUCCUGCGCCUGGGAGAUGUGGAAGUCAACGCCGGGCAGAACGCCACCUUCCAGUGCAUCGCCACCGGCCGGGAUACCGUGAACAACAGGCUGUGGCUGCAGAGGAGAAAUGGGGAGGACAUUCCCGUGGCGUCAACUAAGAACAUCAACCACAGGCGGUUCGCUGCCUCGUUUAGACUCAAGGAAGUGACUAGUCUGGACCAAGACCUUUAUCGAUGUGUCACCCAGUCAGAGAGAGGAUCUGGUGUGUCCAACUUCGCCGGACUCAUCGUCAGAGAACCCCCGCGGCCUAUCGCACCCCCUCAGCUGCUGGGCGUGGGGCCCACCUACCUUCUGAUCCAGCUCAAUGCCAACUCCAUAUUCGGGGACGGCCCCAUCAUUCUGAAGGAGGUGGAGUAUCGCAUGACAUCAGGGAGCUGGAUAGAGACCCAUGCUGUCAACUCCCCUAACUACAAGCUGUGGCACCUGGACCCAGACACAGAGUACGAGAUCCGUGUGCUGCUCACCAGACCAGGGGAGGGGGGCACCGGCCAGCCUGGACCACCUCUCAUCACCAGGACAAAGUGUGCCGAACCGAUGCGGACCCCGAAGAGACUGAAGAUUGCAGAGACCCAGGCCAGAUUCAUCGCUGUGGACUGGGAGUCUCUGGGCUACAAUAUCACCCGCUGCCACACCUUCAACGUCACCAUCUGCUACCGUUACUACAACGCCAACAACCAGACCAAGGCCGACUGCCUGGACAUGGACCCCAAGGCCCCACGCCACGUGGUGGGCAACCUGCCCCCCAACACCAAUGUCAGCCUCAAGAUGAUCCUCACCAACCCCGAAGGACGCAAGGAGAGCGAUGAGACCAUCAUCCAGACAGAUGAAGAUGUGCCUGGCCCCGUUCCAAGCCAGUCCAUGAAAGCCACACCGUUUGAGGAUCGGAUCUUCCUUUACUGGAAGGAACCACUGGAGCCCAAUGGGAUCAUAACUCAGUAUGAGAUCGCCUACAGUGGUAUUCGGUCCUUUGACCCCUCGGUGCCAAUAAUGCGCCCCCCUCUGAUCGUUUCUCUGCCCUGGAACACUUCUCACCACGUCUUCAACCAGCUGCACCCUGGUACCACCUACCAGUUCAUCAUACGAGCCAGCACCGUCAAGGGCUUCGGCCCCCCGACCACACUCAACGUCACCACCAACAUCUCAGCCCCAACACUGGAAGAGUAUGAUGGGUCCGAGGCGUUUCUGAAUGAAACGGCCACCACCAUCACCGUCCUACUGAAGCCCGCUCAGGCCAAAGGUGCCCCUAUCAGCGCUUAUCAGAUCGUGGUGGAGGAGCUGAACCCACAUCGCACACGCAGGGAGGCCAGCUCCGUGGACUGCUACCAAGUCCCAGUCCCCUUCCACAGUGCCUCCAGCGGUGGCUCGUCUUAUUACUUUGCGGCAGAACUGCCACCAGGGAACCUUCCCGAACCCUCUCCGUUCACGGUGGGCGACAACAAGACGUACCAUGGCUUCUGGAACCCUCCACUCACCCCCAGGAAGAACUAUAAUAUCUACUUCCAGGCCGUCAGCAGUGUGGAGAAGGAAUCAAAAACACAAUGUCUGAGACUUGCAACAAAAGGAGCUACAGAGGAACCAGAGGUGAUCCCAGACCCAGCCAAGCAGACAGACAGGGUGGUGAAGAUUGCUGGAAUCAGUGCUGGGGUGCUGGUUUUCAUCCUACUGGUGCUGGUGGCCAUCCUUCUGGUCAAGAAGAGUCAUGGAGGCUUUACUACGAAGAAUUGGUCAGUCAGGAGGAGCUACUAUUCUUACUCAUAUUACCUGAAACUGGCCAAGAAGCGCAAAGAUGCCAUUGGGAAUACUCGUCAGGAAAUGACCCACAUGGUGAAUGCCAUGGACCGCAGUUAUGCUGAUCAGAGCACGCUCCACACUGAGGAUCCCAUGGCCGUCACAUUCAUGGACUCCCACAACUUCAGCAACAGAUUGCCUAAUGAUCCACUUGUGCCAACGGCAGUGCUAGAUGAGAACCACACUGCAGCUGCUGCAGAGUCCAGUCGGCUGCUGGACGUCCCUCGGUACCACUGUGAGGGGACAGAGUCGCCCUACCAGACCGGUCAGCUGCACCCAGCCAUCAGGGUGGCUGACCUGCUCCAACACAUAAACCUGAUGAAGACCUCCGACAGCUACGGCUUCAAGGAGGAAUAUGAGAGUUUUUUUGAAGGCCAGUCCGCUUCCUGGGACGUGGCAAAGAAAGACACUAACAGAACCAAGAACCGCUAUGGAAACAUCAUUGCAUACGAUCAUUCUAGAGUGAUCCUGCAACCAAUGGAAGACGACCCUUCCUCUGACUACAUCAACGCCAACUACAUUGACAUAUGGCUGUACAGGGAUGGGUAUCAGAGGCCAAGUCAUUACAUUGCAACUCAAGGGCCUGUCCAUGAGACAGUCUAUGAUUUCUGGAGGAUGGUCUGGCAAGAGCAGUCUGCCUGUAUCGUCAUGGUCACCAACCUCGUGGAAGUUGGACGGGUGAAGUGUUACAAGUACUGGCCCGAUGAUGCUGAGGUCUAUGGUGAUUUCAAAGUGACGUUUGUGGAGGUGGAGCCCCUUGCUGAAUAUGUGGUCAGAACGUUCACCUUGGAGAGGAGAGGCUUUAAUGAGCUGCGCGAGGUGAAGCAGUUUCAUUUCACCGGCUGGCCUGACCACGGAGUGCCCUACCACGCCACGGGCCUCCUCUCCUUCAUCCGCCGGGUCAAGAUUUCCAACCCCCCCAGCGCUGGGCCCAUCGUGGUGCACUGCAGCGCCGGAGCCGGACGCACAGGCUGUUACAUCGUCAUCGAUAUCAUGCUGGACAUGGCGGAGAGGGAGGGCGUGGUGGACAUCUACAACUGUGUGAAGGCUCUGCGCUCCAGACGCAUCAACAUGGUACAGACUGAGGAGCAGUACAUCUUCAUCCAUGACGCCAUCCUAGAAGCCUGUCUGUGUGGCGAGACGGCCAUCCCUGCCUGCGAGUACAAAGCAGCUUACUACGACAUGAUCAGGAUAGACUCACAGAGCAACUCCUCACACCUCAAAGAUGAAUUCCAGACACUGAACUCGGUGACCCCUCAGCCCCAGCCAGAGGACUGCAGCAUCGCCCUGCUCCCCAGGAACCACGAGAAGAACCGCUUCAUGGACAUGCUGCCUCCAGACCGCUGUCUGCCCUUCCUCAUCACUAUCGACGGGGAGAGCAGUAACUACAUCAACGCUGCCCUCAUGGAUAGCUACAGACAGCCAGCAGCCUUCAUCGUAACCCAGCACCCUCUGCCCAACACAGUCAAGGACUUCUGGAGGCUGGUGUAUGACUACGGCUGCACUUCCCUGGUGAUGCUCAACGAGAUUGACCUAGCGCAGGGCUGCCCUCAGUAUUGGCCUGAAGAGGGGACGCUUCGCUACGGUCCUGUCCAAGUUGAAUGCAUGUCCUGCUCCAUGGAUUGUGACGUCAUCACCCGUCUCUUCAGAAUAUGUAACCUCACUAGACCUCAGGAGGGCUAUCUGAUGGUGAGGCAGUUCCAGUACCUGGGCUGGGCAGCCCACAGAGAAGUCCCAGCGUCAAAGCGUUCCUUCCUGAAGCUCAUACUGCAGGUGGACAAGUGGCAGGAGGAGUGUGAAGAGGGAGAGGGACGCACAAUCAUCCACUGCCUAAACGGAGGUGGGCGCAGUGGGAUGUUCUGUGCUAUCAGCAUUGUGUGUGAGAUGAUCAAGAGGCAGAAUGUGGUGGACGUGUUCCACGCAGUCAAGAGCCUGAGGAACAGCAAGCCCAACAUGGUGGACAGCCCGGAUCAGUACCGCUUCUGCUACGACCUUGCUCUGGAGUUCAUCGAGACCUCUUAACCAAGAAGACGGGACGGAACAGAACUCUGGAUCUUGGCAACCAUUCCACCGCUACAGAUUGUGUGGAGGCGGACAUCAUUAACUAAGCCUAUACAGACUGCUAUAGAUGGUUUGGGAUUUUUUUUUGAGAAAUCUUUAAUGUUUCUAGUUGUACUGGGAGUAUGAUGUGAGUGGUUUGUAAAUGUCUCCAUUGUACAGUACUUCGCCGUAUUCAGUGCCACAGAAACAAGUGUCGGCCACUAGGCCACAUUUGCUUCAAUGUCUUUUGCAGAUGUAGUUAUUAUUUUGUGCAGCCAUUGUUGAAAAGGGUAACACUAAUGCCAAGGUGUUGCAUGCAACAACAACAAAAACAGCAUACUUUUUUUCUUCUAUAUUAUCAGCAUUAUUGUCAACGAACAAUAUAUUUCUAUAGAAGUCCAUCGCAAAUGUGAAAGAAAAAAUAUUGCGCUCUAUACAUGAAUAGAAGUGCUAACGUGACAUUGGCUUGGUAAUGUUUGUAUCGUGCUCUGAUGGCUGACUCAUUUUGGUUUUUAUUUUGUAGCAAAUCUUAAUCAUAAGCCAAAGACUUAUGUAAAUAUGUCUAUAUGGAUAAAGCAUAUUGUUUGUAUUUAUUGUUUACUUGUAUUAUUUUUUUGAAAGCUAAAAACAAUCAUGUUCAUUCCAUUUUUACCUAGCUAUGACUUUAAACCGUAAACAUUUAUUGUUGUUUUUAAGUAUUAGAAUACAUUUCAGUAGGAUAUCUUGUUUUCAAUUUCUUCUUAUCCUCUAUGUGAUGUUAGUGGUUUAUUUGUGUAAAAUAAUGCUUGUGAAUUCUACCCAUGCAGAUAGAAUAUCAGAAGGUCAUGUGGUGACUAUAAAAUAGUUAUAUUUUUUUUCGGAUGAUCUCUCAACCUGCAAUGGUAUUUUGGAAAAACAAAAGGAACAUGGCGGAGAAAACCGGGGAAUUCAAAUCAGUAUUAGACACAGCUUAUUAGGAUGUAAGCCCACGCAGCAGAGGCAGGUGUGCGGCCAGCCAUACUGAUGUGGGACAUGAGUGGACCUCCUGGAGAAAAGGAAGCAAGUCAUUAUCAUGUGCAGUUUAGUCAUGUUUCAUACAUUAUUUUGUCUGUAACUGUUGGCUUUAUUGGCUGUAAUAAAAAAUGAAAAAAUCUUUGAAUAAAAUGUCAUUGUGUAA